CUGAGCGGGUGGAUGAGCUCCCCAUUGCAUCCAAUGUGACCCCAGAAAUGAAUGCGACCCUAACCGCUGAGGUCAGUCCUCAGGAGAUCCGCAAAAUGGUCUUUGCGAUGGGCUCCAAGCAGGUGCCUGGCUCGGAUGGUUUCAUGGGCAAGUUCUUUAAAGCAUGCUGGGGGAUUGUUGGGGAGUCAGUGGUGUCAGCGGUUGGCUCUUUCUUUGCUACAAGCAAGAUGCUCCGGAGUUUCAAUCACACUUGGUUGACGCUAAUCCCAAAGGUAGAGCAGGUGGAAUCCAUGCGUCAACUUCGCCCUAUUAGUUUAUGCCAGUUCGUAUACAAAAUAAUCACCAAAAUUAUGGCGGAGCGACUUGCUGGGAUCUUGCCUACUAUUGUCUCGGAGGGGCAGAAUGCCUUUAUCAGAGAGAGACAGAUAGUGGAUAGUAUCCUCAUUGGGCAUGAGUUAAUGCAUUAUUUGAAAAUCAAAACCCGUGGCAAGAAGGGAUACAUGACUCUAAAGGUUGACAUGGAAAAGGCCUAUGAUAGAGUUGAAUGGCCCUUUCUUCUUGCGGUUUUGGAAAAAAUGGGUUUUAGCUCUGUCUGGCGAGGAUGGAUUCAGGAAUGUUUACAGUCAGCUACUUUCUCGGUCCUCGUUAAUGGGUCUCCAUCCGGAUUCUUUGCGCCUUCUCGAGGGCUCCGUCAGGGGGAUCCUCUUUCUCCCCUACUCUUUGUGCUUUGCACAGAGGGGUUUGCUGCCUUACUUCGCAAAGCCAUCUCGGAGAAGAGGCUGGCAGGAGUUAAGGUAGCGCCCCGGGCUUCUCGCAUAUCUCAUUUAUUCUUUGCUGAUGAUUCUUACUUGUUCCUCCGUGGUUCCCUCCAGGAGUGUGAGAAUCUGAUCGAAGUGCUAAAUGAGUAUGAGGAGCUUAGUGGCCAGAGGGUGAACUUGGAGAAAUCGGCGGUUUGUUUUAGUACGAACAUUUCCUUGCCAGACCAGGAGUUCUUGGCGGCUAUCCUUGGCGUGGGUGCGGUAGGGGUACAAGAUAAGUAUCUUGGUCUCCCCACUUUGAUAGCAAGAUCCAAGACGACCACUUUCUGCUAUUUAGAGGAGAAAUUGCUGGAGCGUCUACAAGGAUGGAAACGAAGGACUCUGUUGUUAGCUAAAGAAACUCUGAUUAAAUCUAUUGCUUUAGCUCUACCGCUCCAUGUGAUGUCCUGCUGCCGUUGUCUCGCUGCCGCCUCCUGGACAAGCAUGUAGCUAGAUUCUGGUGGGGGUUGAGGAGGGAUGCUCUAGGGUUCGGCGGGUCUCCUGGAGGAACCUGUGUAGAAGUAAACAUGAGGGGGGGAAUGGGUUUUCGUCGAUUCGAACAUUUUAAUCAAACUCUUUUAGCUAA